AUGAGCUCGGUCACGCCCCUGGAGCACACCGCCAUUGGUGGCGUGGCGGGGUUCACGGAGACCUGCAUCAUGCAGCCCACCAUCGCCAUCAAAAACGCGCUGCAGGAGGGCCGUCCCAUCCCCCGAUCGCCCAUGACCCUGUACCGCGGCCUGGCGGUCAACUCAGCCGCUACCUUUCCCAUCACCGCCACCCAAUUUGGGGUGAACCGCCUGCUGGAGUCCCUGCACCAGCAGCACCUGGGCUACAACCCCACCGGCAUCUCCACCAUCGGCAUCGCCCUGUCUGCCGGCGCGUCCUCGGCCUUCAUCGGCUGCCCCGCCGAGUUUCUCAUGAUUCAGCAGCAGAAGUCGGGCCUGAGCCUGGCGACCCAGCUGAAGAGCGUCGCCGGGUCCUUUGGCGCAGCCACCAUGAUGCGCGAGUCUUUGUACACCGCCGGCUACCUCGGGGUGGCCCCAUUGCUGAAGGCCAAGCUGACGGGGCACUCUGCGUUUGAGGGGACCCCCGGUGCGGCGCUCGUCGUGUCCGGCGUAUCGGCCGGCAUCCUCGCCACGCUCACCAGCCACCCUGCAGACACCAUCAAGACGCGGAUGCAGGCCCACCCAGACAACACGGCAUUCCCUCAUUAUUCCAGCGUGGCCUCCACGGCCCGCCACAUCGUGGCCACCGAGGGCUACGGCGGCUUCUUCGCGGGCGUGCUCCCCAGGACCUUCAGGCUGAUCGGGGCGGUGUUCAUCCUGACAGGCAUCCGCGGGACGCUGGUGGACGCGAUCGAGGACGCGCGCUAUGCGGGGUCCAAGGCGGCCUCACAAUAA